AUGGAGCCUGCCGAGUGCUUUUCCGCACAGACAUCGAUCGGGAAUAUAGAGCUUCAGAAAUUUCUACUUCUACAAAAAAUGUCCAACGUGUUUGGGACUCCAAUCACCGACGACUACAUAAAGGGAUUGCCGAACGCUCCGAGUGACAUAACGGCGGCGGUUAGGGCGCAAUACGCCAUGGACUACAUCAACGAGGGCAACAAGAACGUCGACGCUCAGACCUUCGUCGACAACCUCAAAGCCCAGUACGGAAACGGAAUAACCUGCCGUGCGGCGUUUUACAACGCCACCGGUGGCACCCUCACCUUCUUCAACGACCACGACUACCACGGCCACAUCGGCGCAUCCCCUUAUCCCCUCAAGUUGGAGAAUGGCCAGUGGGGUUUCUCCACGUCCACCCAACCGCCUCCAUGGCUGGUUCUUCCGCCGCGGCCGUCUACAGUGGCGUGA